AUGUCUUUGAAUAAUACAUCUUCAUCAUCAUUAAAUAAUUUAUCUUCAAAUAUCACUUUUUAUUUUGAUGAAGAAUAUAAUCCUGAAUCACCUUUAAUUAAUAAUUCUUCAUUAAAUUCUUAUAAUAAUAUUAUUAAUAAUAAUGAUAAAGAAUCUGAUGAUGAUAUAUUAAAAUAUAUAUAUAAUAAUAAUAUAUCAAAUGAAGAUUUUGAAAAAAUAAUAAAUAAAAUAUCUACUUCUUUAUCUUCUUCAUCAUCUUCAAAUAUUAAAUCUUAUAUUAUUGAAGAUAAUAAUUUACAAAUACAAAAUGAUCAAAUUAAUGAUUCAUUAUUAAUUUUGGGAUCCUAUCAUAAUAAAGAAAAAGAUGAUUUUUUAUUAAAUAUUGAAAAAUCAUUUAUUCAAAAUGAAAAAGAAGAAAUUAUAAAUUUAUCUUCUAAUGAUAAAAAAGGAAAAAGAAAACUUGAUGACAAAAUAGAAAAUGAAGAAAGUUCAGUUAAGAAAAAUAAAAAAAUAAAACUAGAAGAGGAUUCUGUUAAUGAAA